UUGUGGGCGAUAAACAAAUAGCACAACAAACUUGUAAAAGAGCGACUAAAAAUCAAUUGCAAGAAAUAACACAAGAAUGCAAGCUGAGGAAGCUCGCCUGUCGCAAAUAAUUAAACGUUUGAAUCGGUUAAACAAAUAAGCAAUUUCACCAGCUUAUCAGAAGCAAAAGGUGGCAAAACUUUGGAUUCGCAGCGAGUUUGGUGUGCACUUCGCGUUGGCAGUGAUUUUUGCAAGUGCGAAAGCAAAAAACCAAGAGCAAAAGAGCGAAUGAAAAGAUAAAUGCUGACGGCUACCGGCUGCUCUGGCAUAUUAAAUCCACUGUCUCUUGGUAUUUUUUUUAUUGUUGAGUUGCUAAAUUACAAAUUUGAAGCCAACAUAUUGCUGCUCUGGAGGCAAACAAAAUAGCAACAACAACGAGAGCAGCAAUAGCAGCGCACGCAGGGACUACGACGACGUCGACGAAAUGGCGUUAAAAAAAGUGAAGGGAAAUUUCGAACGAAUGUUUGAUAAAAACUUGACAGACCUUGUGCGCGGAAUACGAAAUAAUAAGGAUAAUGAGGCUAAGUACAUAGCUCAAUGCAUUGAAGAGAUCAAACAGGAAUUGCGUCAGGACAAUAUCAACGUCAAGUGCAAUGCAGUGGCCAAGUUAACCUAUAUACAAAUGCUCGGCUAUGACAUUUCGUGGGCAGGCUUCAACAUAAUUGAGGUGAUGAGCUCUUCGCGCUUCACAUGUAAGCGAAUCGGUUACCUGGCGGCUAGUCAAUGCUUUCAUCCGGACAGCGAACUGCUGAUGCUUACCACGAAUAUGAUACGCAAGGACCUUAAUUCACAGAAUCAAUACGAUGCGGGCGUAGCUUUAAGCGGGCUCAGCUGUUUCAUAUCGCCAGACUUAUCGCGAGAUCUGGCCAAUGAUAUCAUGACACUGAUGAGCUCGACGAAACCGUAUCUGCGCAUGAAGGCUGUGCUAAUGAUGUAUAAGGUAUUUUUGCGCUAUCCUGAAGCAUUGCGGCCCGCGUUUCCCAAGCUGAAAGAGAAACUCGAGGAUCCAGAUCCAGGUGUACAAUCGGCUGCUGUCAAUGUCAUUUGUGAGCUGGCGCGCAAGAAUCCAAAGAACUAUCUGCCCUUGGCGCCGGUGUUCUUCAAACUAAUGACCACGUCGACCAACAAUUGGAUGUUGAUUAAAAUUAUUAAGCUGUUCGCGAGCCUCACAUCAAUUGAACCGGCGCUGGGACGCAAAUUGACUCAGCCCCUAAUUGAAAUUAUUUCCAGCACCUCGGCAAUGAGCCUCCUCUACGAGUGCAUCAAUACAGUCAUCGCCGUCCUCAUCAGCAUCAGCAGCGGCAUGCCCAACCACAGCGCCUCCAUCCAGCUGUGCGUGCAGAAGCUGCGCAUCCUGAUUGUCGACUCAGAUCAGAAUCUCAAAUAUCUAGGCUUGCUGGCCAUGUCGAAGAUACUGAAAACGCACCCGAAGAGCGUGCAGACGCACAAGGAUCUAAUAUUGGCUUGCUUAGACGACAAGGACGAGUCUAUACGACUGCGCGCCUUGGACCUGCUGUAUGGCAUGGUGUCGAAAAAGAAUCUCAUGGAGAUUGUGAAGCGAUUGUUGGGCCACAUGGAGCGCGCCGAAGGCUCAGCUUAUCGGGACGAGCUGCUCUACAAAGUGAUCGAGAUAUGUGCACAAAGUUCCUACCUGUACGUGACAAAUUUCGAGUGGUAUAUGACCGUGCUCGUUGAGCUCAUCCAACUAGAGGCCGGCUCCAAGCAUGGCCGUCUAAUAGCCGAGCAGCUGUUGGACGUCGCUAUUCGUGUGCCCGUGGUGCGUCAGUUCGCCGUUAAUGAGAUGACCAAUCUGCUGGACACAUUUGCUGUUUCGACCCAAAGCAACUCCAUGUACGAGGUGCUCUAUGCCGCCGCCUGGAUUGUCGGCGAGUUCUCUGGCGAAUUAGCCGACACCGAGAGGACUCUCAACAUUCUACUACGACCACGUAAGCUGCCGGGCCACAUUCAGGGGGUAUACGUGCAGAAUGUGAUCAAGCUGUUCGCCCGGCUUGCCACCACUUGCCUCGAGCUACAGGAUAUGCCCGGCAUAGUACGGCUGUGCGAUCAUGUGCUGGAAAAGCUGCAACACUUCAAUGGGUCCAACGAUAUUGAGGUACAGGAGCGCGCCAACUCUGCCUGCAUGCUAAUCGAGAUGCUGCGCAAGCAGUUGACUCAGCCAGAGGAAGCGUCCACGGGGUCGAUACCGCCAAUGGCCAUUGAGAUUGUCCAGGAGAUGGCGCUGCUGUUCGCUGGCGAACUAAUACCUGUGGCGCCCAAGGCACAGCGCAAGGUGCCGCUGCCGGAUGGACUCGACCUGGACGAGUGGAUCAAUGCGCCACCCCCUGACGACGCAAGCAGCACAUCUUCUGAGCAUGACAAGGAUGAGCUAUUCGUCAGUGCCGUUCACGAUGGCAACGAUGCCACUGGUGGAGGCGGUGGCGGCAACGGCAGUCACUCGGGCGUCAAACGACGCAAGAGUCUGGAGCUAACGCCAGAGCAACUGGAGCGCCAACGCAUGGCGCGUCUCAUCGAGCAGUCGAACAAUCCGCAUUACCUGAAGUCAACGCCGAAUUCGGCGUCUGCGGCCAUUGGCAACAGCAGCAAUAACUCGAAUGCCGACCAGUACGACAACAUCGAUGACAUACCCAUAACCGAGCUCCCACUGGACAUUGAGGGCGUGGCUGCGCUACGUGUGGGCAUCACAAAGCGUUCGGACAAGUAUCUGAAGGAGCAACAGGAAGCGGCGGCGCACAGCAAAGAUGCCAAAAAGAAGCAUAAAAAAAGCAAGAAGAGCAAAAAAUCAAAAAACAAAGUUGCCUACAAUAGCAGCUCCGAGUCGGAUGCGGAACCCAAGAUAGUGCACAUUGUGAACACGACGUUGGACAUGCCCGAGGGCGUAACGUUGUCCGACAGCGAGGACAAGGAUGGAAAAUACGAUCCAAAUGAUCCGCAUCGUGCACUCGAUAUCGAGCUAGACAUGGCCGCCUUUGAAGCACCUGCAAGGUCAUCGAAGACUGCGUCGGCGAGCGGCAAGGAAAGUGUGAACGCUCAAAUCGGGUCAGCCGCUUCCGAAUCCAUGGUUCCCGAGACGGGGGCAAUGCUUAGCAAAAAGGGUAAAAAGUCUAAGGAAAAGACGCGAGGCGAGCACAAAACGUGCAAGGCUCAGGCGCAAUCGCAGCCGGACUCUGUGCCCGACUUGAUUGACACGGGGAGCAGUCCCUGUCGAACAGCAACAGAUAAUGGCAACAACAACAACAAUAACAACACUGCCCCAUCACAUGUUGAACACAGCCAGCAUCUGAAGAAGAAGAAGCGCGAGAAGAGGGCGCACAAAUCAAGCAAGCUAACGAACGACGAAGCGACCGCAAACACGUUAGGCUCGACGACUAUCAUUGAUGUGGGAGAGACGUCCGCUGCGCACCCAGAGGGUGACGUGUCUGCAGCUGUUGAUGCCAAGGCGCAUAAAAAAAAGCAUAAGAAGGACAAGUCCCAACACAAGGAAAAACGGACACACAAGUCACCCGCAUCGGAGUACGAGCAGCCGAUGGGCAUAUCGACGCCCAGCAAGGAGAUUUUCUAGAUAGUAGCUAGCCAGAGACAUGCAUAAAUCAAUCCCCAUUCACCAAUUCCAAUAUGCAAUAUGCAUUAGUUAAGAAUUUUUAAAUUAAGUUUAAUUAAAGGCCUACUCCUAAUCCUA